AUGCAACACACGCAAGUGACGAUAUCGCGCUUGCAGCGCUCGGUUGCAGCUGCCCUCGCCUCCGUCCAGUCUGGCUUCGAGGAGGAGUAUCUCGAGCCGCGCACCGGCUACUCGCUCGACCUGGCGCUGCCCUCGUCACGCGUCGCGGUCGAGGUGGAUGGCCCCUCUCACUUCCUGCUGCCCGACGGCCGGGGCGUACGCAAACCCAAUGGGCCAACGCUGCUCAAGCGGCGCCUCCUCACGGCGGCUGGCUGGAGGGUGAUCAGCGUUCCAUUCUACGAGUGGAACGGCUUUGCGACAGCCAAUGGGCAGCAGACCUAUCUGGAGAGGGCGGUCGCUCCGCUCUUGGGCUAG